UAACAGCAAUGGUUCCCGACGGGGCUCGCCGGGAGCCGUGGGCGGAUCCAGGAUUCUGGUGAGCCCUUAGUGACGAGGCUCGCUUACGCAACAUUUCAAUGCUCGUCCAGGACGCAGAAGCUCGGUCACCGCUGCCGGGGAGCCCUCACAGAAGCGGAUCUUCUGGCCGUGGUUGCUAUUGUUUCUUCGACAAUAUAAGCCACUAUGGACGCCGCUAACUCUGCCGAACUGCAGCAAUUUCUCGAGCAAGAGAAGCAAAAAGCCGUGCUCAAUGAGCUUGUAGGCAAGUUGACUGAUGUGUGCUGGGACAAAUGUAUAACAUCAACACCUGGAAGCAAGUUAAGUUCCAGUGAAUCCUCUUGUCUGACCUACUGCGCGCAAAGAUUUCUGGAGACCAGCAGCCUCAUCCUUCGCCGGUUUCAAAAUUUGCAAUAAUGAUUGGGCUAGAUGUGUUAGCAAUGGAGUGCUUCUUGAGCAUUUGAUUCAGAUUUUAGGAUUUAGUGUAAUGCUACUUAAUCCAGUAUGAUUUAUCCGGGCAGAUUGAUAACAUGAAGGGUUCUCAUAUUUCAUGAUUUUGACUGUUAUGUGGAGUUUGGCGUGCUUGUGCUGACGCCUUGAUAAUAAUUAUUGAAUUUUGGAUAAGUUUUCGUUUGUUCUA